AUGCGUGUUACGUGGUCGGUGUUCGUGUGCUGUAUCUUGGUACAGGGAUGGGAAAUCAGUGAAGCUUAUAAUAGAUACAGUAAUGUCACCAUAGAUAGAGCAUCGCGACAGUUAAGAGAGUUCAAAGAUGCACAUCCAAAACCAAUAGGAAUCAUUACAACAGAAGCCGGUGUACCAGUAGACAUAAGAGACACUAUAACGCUGAAUUCAGAUAUUUUCAAUAGCGAAUUCUUCUCAGACACCUUAACACAUUUCGACGGUGAGCCUAUCCCCGAGCGUGUAGUUCACGCUCAAGGACACGGAGCUUACGGCUACUUUGAGGUAACCAACGACGUCUCAAAGUAUACAAGCGCCGAUGUAUUCAACGGCAUAGGGAAAAAGACACCUGUCUUCGGACGAUUCUCAACCGCUAGGUCCAGCAUAAAUGGCAACGAACUUGGAAGGGAUCACAAAGGGCUAGCUGUUAAAAUGUACACUAAAGAAGGCAAUUUGGACUUUUUGUGUGUGCACAUACCCGUCUACGAUUACCGCGACCCGCUAGACUUCGCGAGCUUCGCUCGAUCCACGAGACAGAACCCUAAGACUAACAUCCCAGAUCCUAACAUGAAUGUGGACUUCGCUCUACUGAGACCUACCCGUGUCCACGCGAUCAUGUGGCGGUUGUCCGAUUACGGCAUACCCCUCGGCUACAGAAGAAUGGAUAUCUUCCCUAUACACACUUACGAGUUACACAACGAGCAAGGUGAAAGAUUUUUCGCUAAAUUCAGUUUCCGAACAGAAUUGGGCCUUGCUAAUCUGACGACGGCGCAAGCUGUGGCGAUCUCGAUUCAGGACCCGACAUAUUUCACCAGAGAUUUGUACAACGCAAUCGCCAACAAAAACUAUCCAUCUUGGAGACUGGAAAUGGAUAUCAUGAGUUACGAUGACGUAAAAAAGCUUAAUUACAAUCCAUUUGAUGUCACUCGUAUAUGGACAACGGGAACAUAUAAAACGGUGACCAUAGGGCGACUGGUAAUGGAUGAGAAUAUAGACAACCACUUUAGCACUGCUGAACAGAGCGCGUUCAAUCCGGCGAAUGUUGUACCGGGUAUUCCCGGACCUGUAGAUACAAUGUUCAGGGGUCGUAGACUAGCGUACCGCGACACACAAAACCAUCGUUUAGGAAGAAAUCAUAAUAAAAUUGAUGUGAAUCUGCCUAAGCAACAAUUGACUUACACCCGCGAUAGUGACCCGCCCGUAAGAGACAAUAUGGGUGACGCUCCAAGUUUCUUCCCUAAUUCAUUUAAUGGACCCGUACCUUAUGUUAAUCCCAGUAGACCGAGUGAAAAAUUGUUUAUUUGUGAACAUAAUGUCAUUGAUUUUGCUCCAGCAUGGUUCUUUUAUAACUACAUACUGAGAGACGACGCGUCUAGACAAAGACUAGCUGACAACAUCGGUGAUGUUUUAAGAACUGUAGAUACAGAGAUAACGGAGAGAGGCAUUACGAUGUUCAGUUGGAUUGACGAAGAUUUAGGAAGAAGAAUAGCAGCGAGUUUGACACAUAACGAUAUUUUUGUACGCGAUUGGACAAGUUUCAGUUCAGAUCGAACGUAUGUCAGUUUGACACAUAGCGAUAUUGUUGUACGCGAUUGGACGAGAUUGUUUUUACGAGUUGAGAUCACUACAAGAUUAACAACAAGAAUGCCUAGGUUUUGGAGAACUAAACGUCUUGUAUCGUUAUGCAAACAUCCACAACAGUCGAUACGUGAACUGGCUUUAGAGCUGGAAGAAGAAUCGUCAAUAUUAUAUCCACCUACUACAACAGGCCAAAGGGAGAACUUAUGUGAAAAUACAGAUUAUGCUAUUAAUACUUUUGCCGAUUUCACUAAUAUUAUUACGACAGCUAGUCAGGAAUCAAUCACAGGAAUAACAGGUGCAACUCAAACUGAAGUAUAA